UAUCUAGAAUAUCUAAAAUCAUGGUACCAUUGGGAAUUAUCGCUGUUUUCGGUAUAACUAUUCUCUUCAAUUUUGGCGUUGCUAUGCCAAGGAAUCCGCAGUCUCCACGAUUUCCGCAGUCUUCGGAUAAUUCUGUCGGAGAUUUUGUUCUUUUGAGUUGCACGGCCACAGCACAACUGCAAAGACAUGUUACGAACAAAAAUAUUAUACAUAUUUUACCAGCUGGAAUCGUGGAUCAAACGCCAACACGGAUACGUCCUUUAAGCGGUUUGCAACCACCGUUUAAUAAUGUUAUAUCAAAAUCUACAGACGACGAUCGCAUAAAGCACAUUCAUAUUAUCAGGGUAAACACCAACCCUCACCAAAAGUGGCCAGAAACGUUGCAUAAAAAAACGAGUAUUGGAAACCACCAGAAAACGGAUCAUCUAGUGACCGGUACUGCGGAAUCGUUGAUGCCGCUAGAUACACCACUGAAAACUAUAAGAGUAAACGCGUUUAGACAAGACAUGCCUGUCAUAUUUAGAGAAAAAACCCAAUUACCCCAAGUUGAUCAUUGGCCAGUUAUUAACGAGGGUGACAAUGGUCACCGAAAUAGUGUUAUUACCGUAAUAAAACCGUAAUAAUUGUAAUAACGUUUGCGAGAUCGUUGAAUAAGAUUCAUUGAUAUUUUCAACUUCAAUAACUGUCAAUGGUAGCAAUAAAAAUGGUUUAAAAUGGUUAUCAUGAUUGCUAAUUAUGUUCGACAGAGCCUCAAUUUGUAAUAGCUUUUGUAAAUGAACACAAAUACCUACGUGGACGCCUAAUUGGCUACAGAAGUAUCAGUUGUACAUAAACUACACACGAAGUAAAUAAAGUUCUACUAAUAUUCAA